AUUUCAGAAGCAAUUCGAAGCAAUUUGUCGCCUCAUCAUUACGAUACUUUUCGCCAUAUCUUUCGGCGCUUACUUUGUGAUUUUUGUUAAGAAAGUUUUCAUGAGAAAACGUCGGCGACAGCAUCCAGUUGCGAGGGAUAUCGAGUGGAUUGUGCACACAAUUCGUAGUGAUCCAGAUAGCGAGGAUAGUUCAGAAGUGAUCCCGCAUCAGCCUUCAGUGGCGCCGUAUUUCGUCUCUCGUGAAUUACAUUUCACAAUCAUUUGUUUCAUAACGCUUCUAUUCUACGGUAUUCACCAGUGGACUGCAAAUGAGGAACAUUUCUGCCUAUCCACUGGUGUUAAGAAUGCAUCGACACUGACGAGUUUAGCAUUACCGAUACUGUUGCUUGUCUAUUGGACAUUGCCACAUUUAUACCGUCAUUUGUUGUUCCACUCGGCCAACUCACCGAAACUCGCUAAACUAUUCAAAUUCAUUCGCUCACUGACUAUUUUAAGCGCGAUUUGUCCAUGUGCACGUUCGAGAGUGGCUGAAGGUCCAGCAACCAUUCAAAUGGAUGGUCCACGUUUUUCACUUCAAACCACUAGAAACGGUAUACCGUAUCGAGUACGUCAAGAUCGUUCAAGGUCAGAGGACUUGGGCUCGACUCGAGUUCGAAUUGCAACAAUUUUUAUGAAUAAUGAACGAUAG